UUUGACAUAUUAAGGGCGUCACCAGUGGAGAUUCCACCUUUAUCGACUCAACUCAUCGCUGAAUCCCUUGUUUACAUCUUCAGAGGCUGCGGAACGUCAAUUUUUCGUUUUUCAUCGUAAAAAUUGAGCAUUCAACUGCUAAACUGGCGACGAUGAUGUCCGUGAGGCCUGACAAUCCCCUGGGGCUCUCCUGGCACGACAGCGCCUGGAUCCCCAUCCUCAACCCCAGCAACAUCAUGGACUACUUCUCCGAACGUAGCAAUCCGUUCUACGACAGCUCUUGCAACAAUGCACUCAUCAAGAUGCAGAGGCUCAAUCCAGAACAACUUCAAAACAUGACAGGACUCGAAUAUAUCCUACUCCACGUGCAGGAGCCCAUUCUCUACGUCAUCAGAAAGCAAAAUCGUUAUUCACCAACUCAGGUCACUCCACUCGCCGAUUACUACAUCAUCGCUGGGGUUGUGUAUCAAGCACCUGAUCUCGCGUCUGUUGUUAAUUCAAGACUUUUGUCGACAAUUCACCACCUCCAAUCAGCCUUCGAGGAGGCCAGUGGGUGCUCGCGAUAUCACCCGAGCAAGGGCUACUCCUGGGACUUCAAGAACGGGAAAUCCCUGGCUACGAAGAAGGAAGUGCCUUCCCGAGAGGAACCCAGCUCUCUCUUUCAGCGUCAGAGAGUUGAUAUGCUGCUUGCUGAGAUCACUAGGAAAUUCCCUCUGCCUGUGCCCAAACCAGUGCAGCCCCCAGCUGAUCCUCCUGUUGAAGUGAAGCAAGAAAAGACUGAUAAAAAGGACAUGAGGCCUCCACCAGAGAAAAAACCGCGAACUAAUUAACAAAUAGAAUUAAGUAAAAGGAAACUAGAACAUAAAUGUAAAUAUUAAAUAAUUUUCUGUAUUAUUUUCUACGAAAAAAGAAUGCGAUGGCAAUGGAAACGCGAAAAUAAUGAGUGAACACGAGACAUGAUAGAGAAAAGAAUUUAUUUAUGCAACAGAAUAUUGCUUAAGCACAUGAUUAUGAAGAGAACUGACGAUUGA